UGCUCUGACCCUCGGUUUUCUCUCCAUAUUUGUUAUAUAUAAGUUGGUUCCACACACACACACACACAUGUACGAAACAAGGAAACAUCAUCAGAAGCUGGAUUCGGAAAUGGCGAGAUCCGGCUUGUCUUUAUGGGAAACAGCAGUCUGUGUAAUUGUUUCUGCUCUCUGGGUGUCGCUUGGCAGCGUUAAUGGCGGAUACGUGAAGUAUGGAACCGAAGCUAGAGUUGUGCCGGGGAAACUUAAUGUUCAUCUUGUUCCGCAUUCUCAUGAUGAUGUCGGGUGGCUCAAAACCGUUGAUCAGUACUAUGUUGGAUCAAACAACAGUAUCCAGAAAGCAUGCGUGAGGAACGUGUUGGACUCAGUGGUGGAUUCGCUGCGUCGCGAUCCCAAUAGAAAGUUUGUGUUCGCUGAAAUGGCUUUCUUUACGCGUUGGUGGGAAGAACAAAGCCCGGAGACAAAAGAACAAGUGAGGAGGCUUGUGAGAUCCGGACAACUUGAGUUUGUAAAUGGAGGAUGGAGUAUGAACGACGAAGCAACGUGCCAUUACAUAGAUAUGAUCGAUCAGACCACGUUGGGGCAUGUGUUUAUAAAGCAGCAAUUCAAUACAACUCCUCGUGCUGCUUGGCAGAUCGAUCCCUUUGGUCAUUCCUCUCUCCAAGCUUACCUCCUGGGAGCAGAGUUAGGGUUCGACUCUCUGCACAUGGCGAGAAUCGAUUACCAAGACAGAGAGAAGCGCAAGGCCGAGAAAUCACUCGAAUUCAUAUGGAGAGGAUCCAAAACUUUCGAUUCCUCAUCUCAGAUAUUCACAAAUGUCUUCCCGGUCCACUAUGGCCCGCCCACUGGGUUUCACUACGAAGUCAGCGAUGAUUACGUGCCCCUCCAGGAUGACCCUCGUUUCGACGCCUACAACGUUAAGGAGACCGUUGAUAAUUUCGUCAAUGCUUCUCUCUUUUACGCCAAUGUGAGUCGAGGGAACCAUGUGAUGUGGACAAUGGGUGAUGAUUUUCAGUACCAGUUGUCCGAGUCUUGGUUCAGACAGAUGGACAGGCUGAUCCAUUAUGUUAACAAGGAUGGCCGUGUCAACGCCUUGUACUCCACACCAUCUCUCUAUGUUGAUGCCAAAAAUGAUGAUGCCAAUGUCACUUGGCCCCUCAAGACGCUUGACUUUUUCCCAUAUGCGGAUCGGGAAAGCGCCUACUGGACUGGCUACUUCACCAGCCGCCCUGCUUUUAAACAUUAUGUUCGGUCUCUUAGCGGUUACUACUUGGCUGCAAGGCAACUUGAGUCUCUGGUGGGCAAGAAAUCUGGAGGUCCAAACACUUGCAGCCUUGGGGUUGCCCUAGGAAUAGCGCAGCACCAUGAUGCUGUCACUGGAACUGCCAAGCAGCAUGUAACAAAUGAUUACAUCCAACGCCUAGCCCUUGGUGCUUCUGAGUCAGAAGCUGUGGUGAAUUUUGCGCUGGCACGCUUAUUGAGCAAGGCAUGCACAGAGCCUGAGAUAGCAUUCACCCAGUGCUCGUUGAUGAAUAUCAGCUAUUGCCCAGCGACGGAAGAAACCAUUGCAGGCCAGAAGAGCUUGAUUCUGGUGGCCUAUAACUCCCUUGCAUGGAAUCGUACAGAAAUCAUCAGGAUGCCAGUCAAUGAUGCAGGUUUAACCGUGGAAGAUUCAUCUGGAAACACCCUUGAUGCUCAGUACAUCCCCAUGGAUAAUGUCACAAGCUACCUGAGAAAUCAAUACACAAGAGCUUAUUUGGGAAUAUCUUCACCGCAGAUUCCAAAGUAUUGGCUCGUGUUUAAAGCAACAGUGCCGCCGCUUGGUUGGAACACAUUCUUCAUUUCUAAAGCAAGCCGGGAAGGAAGCAACAAUCCCCCAGCGAUCUUUAGUCCAAUGACCAAUAUGACUGAAAUUGGUUCAGGAAAUCUAAAGAUUGUCUUCUCUCCAAACUCUGGUCUUCUCCAACGGAUUUACAACUUGAGAACAGGAGCUAACAUAGAGGUGCAUCAGAACUAUUUCUGGUAUGCUUCAAAUGUGUGGGGUUCCCAGGCUUCCGGUGCAUAUAUUUUCCGACCUAAUGGUUCCUUGGCAUAUGCUGUUUCGUCGAAACCAAAGUUGCAGAUUGUGCGGGGGCCUCUAGUAGAUGAAGUGCACCAACAGUUUAGUCCUUGGGUGGCACAGGUGAUAAGGGUGUACAAAGAAAAAGAGCACGCAGAGUUUGAGUACACUAUUGGUCCAAUACCUGUUGGUGAAGAUUACAUCGGGAAAGAGGUUAUAACGCGGAUGGUAGCAAAUAUGACUACAGAGAAGGCAUUCUAUACUGAUUCUAACGGAAGAGACUUUCUGAAACGGGUCCGAGAUAACAGAACAGACUGGCUUCUUCAGGUGAAUGAGCCAAUAGCAGGAAACUACUAUCCGCUUAAUCUUGGAAUGUACACAAAAGACGAGAAAUCAGAGCUGUCAGUGUUGGUUGAUCGGGCUACAGGGGGUGCUAGUAUCAAGGACGGUGAAAUAGAGUUGAUGCUUCACAGGCGUACGUGCAUGGAUGAUGGGAGAGGAGUAGAGGAGAGCCUUGAAGAAACUGUGUGUAUCAAUGGGACCUGCUCUGGAUUAACGGUUCGUGGGAAUCACUAUGUAAGCAUAAAUAAGGUAGGAGAAGGAGGGAGGUGGAGACGAGAGACUGGCCAGGAAAUCUACUCUCCUCUUGUAAUGGCAUUCACACACGACAACAAGGAGAAAUGGAAAGCCUCCACUUCUGUCAAAGGUUUUGCCAUGGAUCCCCUCUACUCCUUCCCUCCAAACGUUGCUCUCAUCACUCUUCAGGAGCUUGAUCUCGGGAACGUCCUUCUCCGCCUUGCUCAUCUCUACGAGGCGGGAGAAGACCCUGGUUACUCCACUCUCGCUAAAGUCGAGCUUAAGAAGUUGUUUUAUGGGAAAACCAUCAAACAAGUGAAAGAAAUGAGUUUGGCAGCAAAUCAAGAGAAGGCUAAGAUGAAGGAGAAGAUGAGAUGGAAAGUGGAGGGUGAAGCCGAACAAACUUCUUCUUCGUCUUCCCUUCCGCUAAAAGGCGGACCCCUUGACAGCUCUGCUCUAGUUGUAGAGCUUGGUCCCAUGGAGAUUCGUACUUUUUUGCUUCAAUUUUCUCAGAAACCUGUAAAACAACGGAGAAGAAGAAAGCUGAUUCUUGGAUGAUUUUCUCCGACUUAACCUUUACCCUUUUAAAAAUUUCUUGUAUCGAAUAAUUCUCAUGAAUGAAAAUCUCGAGUCAU